AGUGGGACAGCGUGGGGGCACCGCUGCCGUCCAGCUCCGCAAAGGGCAGCGGCGGCUCUAGGAGACGGCCUGUGGCUCCUGAGGCGAGGGGAUGGGAGUGGGCCGGCGGGCAAGCCUCCUUCCCUUCACUGUGAAACUCUACCCCGAAGCGCCGAGUCGCCGGCGCGCGAUAUGGCUGUCUCCUUAAAUAAGCAGCAGCCAGCUAGGAAUGCUUCUGGAGCCUCUGCCCUUGGGCUUUGUGUCGCAGUGGUUUUGGGAACAGCUUUAGAGAUGGGAGCUACAAUGUUGAGAAUUACGAGGAAGUUUUCAGUGAACGCACUGAAGUCAUCGAGUUUGUGCAAUGAGCAUGUGUAUUUCAGGAAGACAAAAAUGAGAGUCGUAAGUGUGACAGAGCAAAACUGCAGUCUAAGAAACUACAGUUCUGCACCAGGGGAUGUUAAGUCUCUGCGUUCUGUCAUUAAUCCUCAUAUAUCCAGAAUCCGAAACAUUGGCAUUAUGGCCCACAUUGAUGCAGGGAAGACUACGACAACGGAGAGAAUGCUGUAUUAUUCUGGAUACAUAAGAACACUUGGAGAUGUUGAUGAUGGGGACACAGUGACAGAUUUUAUGGUACAGGAGCGAGAACGUGGUAUUACCAUUCAGUCUGCUGCUGUUACAUUUGACUGGAAGGACUACAGAAUCAAUCUGAUUGACACCCCAGGUCAUGUGGACUUUACAGUGGAAGUUGAGCGUUGCUUGAGAGUCCUGGAUGGAGCUGUAGCGGUGUUUGAUGCUGCAGCUGGUGUUGAGGCCCAAACUCUGACAGUGUGGAGACAAGCGGACAAACAUCAGAUACCACGAAUUUGCUUUUUGAACAAGAUGGACAAAAACAGGGCAAGUUUUACAUAUGCUGUUGAGAGUAUCAAACAAAAGUUGAAGACAAAACCUUUGCUUUUACAGCUCCCCAUUGGGGAAGCCAAGACCUUCAGAGGACUGGUUGAUGUUGUGACUAAGGAACAAAUAAUUUGGAAACCUACUUCUGAUUUGGAUGAUGGGAAAAAUUUUGAGCAAAAGCUGCUGCGGGAGGCUGAUGAUUCCAACCUGUUCCAAGAAGUCCAGGAUGCCAGAAAUACCUUAAUAGAACAAGUUGCAGAUCUGGAUGAUGAAUUUGCUGAACUGGUUCUAGGAGAAUAUAGUGAAAAUUUUGAUUUAAUACCAGCUGACAAGUUACGGUCUGCUAUCCGCAGAAUCACGCUAGCUCGGAAAGCGGUGCCUGUGCUCUGUGGCAGUGCACUGAAGAACAAAGGAGUGCAGCCAUUGCUGGAUGCUAUUACUAUGUACUUGCCUGCACCUAAUGAGCGUUCAUAUGAGUUCCUACAAUGGUACAAGGAUGACCUGUGUGCCCUAGCAUUUAAAGUUCUCCAUGAUAAAUGUCGUGGCCCACUAGUUUUUGUUCGCAUUUACUCAGGUUCACUGAAACCUCAAUCAGCUGUAUAUAAUAUUAACAAAAGUUGCACGGAGAGGAUGAGCCGGCUGCUCCUGCCUUUUGCUGAUCAGCAAAUUGAAAUACCGUCACUAAUGCCUGGCAACAUUGCCCUUACUGUUGGGUUAAAACAGAGUGCCACUGGAGAUACCAUAGUGUCGUCAAAGGCUUCAGCAGUAGCUGCAGCACGCCGAGCUGGAAGGGAUGCUGGGGGAGAGAAGAGGUCUACCAGUGAUGUAGAGAGCCUUCUGCUGGCAGGUGUUGAGAUCCCUGACCCUGUCUUCUUCUGUACAGUUGAACCUCCUUCAAUGGCCAAACAACAAGAAUUGGAUAAUGCAUUGAGCUGCCUUCAGCGUGAAGAUCCAAGUUUAAAAGUGAAGCUAGAUCCUGACACAGGCCAAACUAUUCUUUGUGGCAUGGGAGAACUACACAUAGAGAUCAUUCAUGACCGAAUCAAACGUGAAUAUGGAAUUGAGACUUAUUUGGGACCUCUUCAAAUAGCAUACAGAGAAACCAUCCUAAAUGCUGCCCAAUCUACAGAUACAUUGGACAAAACAGUAGGAGAUAAACGACACUUUGUAACUGCAGAGUUAGAAGUGAGGCCCAGGUUAGGGGAGAAAGCAACAACAAAACCCGUCAUCGAGUACGCUGCGAGUGUCAUUGAAGCGCUACCCCAAGAACUCCAAGGAGCUAUAGAAAAUGGAAUCACAAAUUCAUGCAUUCAAGGACCCUUGCUUGGAUUCCCAGUUCAGGAUAUAGAUGUGACAGUGCAAUCGCUGACGGUGCAUCCUGACACCUCCCACACAAUGAUUUCAGCCUGUGUCUCCCGUUGCAUGCAAAAGGCUUUGAAAAAAGCUGGUAUACAAAUACUGGAGCCCCUAAUGAACAUAGAAAUCACAGUAAGUGAAGAUCAUCUCAGUGCAGCACUUGCUGACCUUGCACAGCGGAGAGGUACUAUUCAGGAAAUCCAGAGUCGUCAAGAUAACAGAGUUGUGGUUGCUGCUGUUCCACUAGCAGAAACAAUGGGCUACUCCACAGUUUUGCGUACUCUAACAUCAGGCUCAGCAACCUUCACUUUGGAGCUUGCCAGUUACCAAGCCCUGAACAGUCAAGAGCAAAGUGCACUUCUUCAGAGAAGGAUGGGGCUGGUGUGAUUGCUUUACUCUAUAGAAAAGUAAAGGUAUUUUCUAUCCACCCUGUUAAAUAUUUUCAAGAGCCUACUUAUGUACACCAGUACGUUCUUCUGGGACCAACUGGUUGUGGUAAAUGAUAAAUUAGCAGCUGUAUGAGCAGACUGUGCUUUUAACUGUCCAAGGGAAGGUUCAAGAGACUGCGUUCUUCUGCCACAGCCUUGUAAUUGCAAAGCAGCCGAACCAGAGAUGCAACCACACUUUGCUGCUUUGCAAAUUCUUAUCUUACAGGUAUCUGCAAUGAGAAGUGAUGCAAAUCCUCUUCAUAGAAAUGAGUGCUAUGUGCACCUAAAUGUGCCAUUAGGACCGUUUCUUACUUUAGUAAGUAAAGUUUGUGAAGUUCAUGUCUAUAAAUGAAAUUACAGUUUUGGCAGUCUUUAUCUUGAUUUGCUUUCAGCUGAAUAAAAGAAUAGGGUUAAUAAGCAUUUUAAGCUGUACAACCAUAAGUAUUACUUCCUGUAUUGUUAGAAACCAGUCUGAACCAGAGUUCAGGACUUGGUGUAACUGCUACCUGAGCAGUUUUAGCAAAUAAGUGGAAUGGAUACUUCUGCAAAUUGAGUAAGAUCUGUGCAAAAAAUACAAAGAAUACAAAAAAUACAAGAAAUGCAGAGUUUGCCCCUGAGAACAAUCCCUACCUACCACCCUGGGGUCUGUUGAGGGAGGAGGUUUUUUUUAUUUGAGUGAUUUAAGCUGUAAUGGUUCUGAUUUGCUAUGUGUUACAAGUCAGUUCUGAUUUGUAAUUACCCUGUUACAUAGAAAAGUGGCAAAUUAUAAGAUACUUUGAAAUAAAAAGAGAGUUUCCUCUUUA